CCCUUAACUCAAAAAAUCAACUUAUAAAAUGGAGAGGAGGAAGAGAAGGAAUAGGAAGCGUUUGAAGAUGGUGGCUUGGAAAGCCUGGUUUUGCUUGAAGCAGUCUUUCCUUAUCCCAACAAAGUGUUUUCUGAUCAAGCUUACUUCGCGCUCAAGGCACAAACAGAAAGGAAAUGGGAAUGGAUUGGUGAGUUUGUACAAAGAUAUAGAAACUUGUGGAGAGUAUGCAGAUAUAAAAGUGAUGUGGGAGAUGAUUCAUUCUUGUCCCCAGAAUUCAGAUGACAGACAUGACAGUGCUCAAAGAAGGAAGCAGAGGUCUUCCUCUUACUGGAGAUUUUGUGUUCAUCCUAGUACAUGA